GGGAGCACCAUGCAGUUUGUAUCUUGGGCCACACUGCUAACGCUUCUAGUGCGGGACCUGGCCGAGACGGGGAGCCCAGACGCCGCGGCGGCCGUGCGCAGGGACAGGCUGCACCCGAGGCAAGUGAAACUAUUAGAGACUCUGAGCGAAUACGAAAUCGCGUCUCCCAUCCGAGUGAACGCUCUCGGAGAACCCUUUCCCACGAACGUACACUUCAAAAGAAGGCGACGGAGCCUUAACUCUGCCUCUGACCCCUGGCCUGCCUUCGCCUCCUCUUCCUCCGCUACCUACACCCAAGCGCAUUACCGCCUCUCCGCCUUCGGCCAGCAAUUUCUAUUUAAUCUCACCGCCCAUGCCGGAUUUAUCGCUCCAAUGUUCACUGUCACCCUCUUCGGGGCACCCGGGGUGAACCAGACAAAGUUUUAUUCUGAGGAGGAAGCGGAACUCAAGCACUGUUUCUACAAAGGCCAUGUCAAUACCAAGUACGAGCACACGGCCGUCAUCAGCCUCUGCUCAGGAAUGCUGGGCACAUUCCGGUCCCACGAUGGGGAUUAUUUUAUUGAACCACUGCUGUACAUUGAUGAGCAAGAAGGUGAAGAGGAACAAAACAAGCCCCACGUUAUCUAUAGGCUCAGCACCCCUCACAGAGAGCCCUCAACAGGAAGGCGUUCGUGUGACACCUCAGAACACAAAAAUAGUCACAGUAAGGACAAGAGGAAAACGAGGACGAGAAAAUGGGGAGAGAGGAGUAGCCUGGCUGAUGACGUGGCAGUAUUAAAAAGCAGCUUAACCAAAAGGGCGCUUUCUGCCUAUGGUAACAAGACGGACAGCACAAGGGAAAAGAGGACCCACAGGAGAACAAAACGUUUUUUAUCCUAUCCACGGUUUGUAGAAGUGAUGGUGGUGGCAGACAACAGAAUGGUUUUAUACCAUGGAGCAAACCUUCAACACUAUAUUUUAACUUUAAUGUCAAUUGUAGCCUCUAUCUAUAAAGACCCAAGUAUUGGAAAUUUAAUUAAUAUUGUAAUUGUGAACUUAGUUGUGAUUCAUAAUGAACAGGAAGGACCUUCCAUAUCUUUUAAUGCCCAGACAACAUUAAAAAACUUUUGCCAGUGGCAGCAUUCAAAAAACCAUCCAGGUGGAAUCCAGCAUGAUACAGCAGUUCUUGUAACGAGACAGGAUAUCUGCAGAGCUCAUGACAAAUGUGAUACCUUAGGUCUGGCUGAACUGGGAACCAUUUGUGAUCCCUACAGAAGCUGCUCUAUCAGUGAAGAUAGUGGAUUGAGUACAGCUUUUACAAUAGCCCAUGAACUGGGCCAUGUGUUCAACAUGCCUCAUGAUGACAACAAUAAGUGCAAAGAAGAAGGAGUCAAGAGCCCCCAGCAUGUCAUGGCCCCAACACUGAACUUCUACACCAACCCCUGGAUGUGGUCAAAGUGUAGUCGAAAAUACAUCACUGAAUUUUUAGACACUGGUUACGGCGAGUGUCUGCUUAACGAACCUGAAUCCAGACCCUAUCCUUUACCUUUCCAACUGCCAGGCCUCCUUUACAACGUGAAUAAACAAUGUGAAUUGAUUUUUGGACCAGGUUCUCAGGUGUGCCCGUAUAUGAUGCAGUGCAGACGGCUCUGGUGCAAUAAUGCGGAUGGAGCGCACAAAGGCUGCCGGACUCAGCACACGCCCUGGGCUGAUGGGACCGAGUGUGAGCCUGGAAAGCACUGCAAGUUUGGAUUUUGUGUUCCCAAAGAAAUGGAGGUCCCCGUGACUGAUGGAUCCUGGGGAAGUUGGAGUCACUUUGGAACCUGCUCAAGAACAUGUGGAGGGGGUAUCAAAACAGCUGUUCGAGAGUGCAACAGACCAGAGCCAAAAAAUGGUGGGAAGUACUGUGUAGGGCGCAGAAUGAAAUUUAAGUCCUGCAACACGGAGCCAUGUCCCAAGCAGAAGCGAGACUUCCGAGAUGAACAGUGUGCUCACUUUGAUGGAAAGCAUUUCAACAUCAAUGGUCUGCUUCCGAACGUGCGCUGGGUCCCGAAGUACAGUGGGAUUUUGAUGAAGGACCGCUGCAAGCUGUUCUGCAGGGUGGCGGGGAACACGGCCUACUAUCAGCUCCGUGACAGAGUGGUAGAUGGAACUCCGUGUGGCCAGGACACCAAUGACAUCUGUGUCCAAGGCCUUUGCCGGCAAGCUGGAUGCGAUCAUGUUUUAAACUCAAAAGCCCGGAGAGAUAAAUGUGGGGUUUGUGGUGGCGAUAAUUCUUCAUGCAAAACAGUGGCAGGAACAUUUAAUACAGUACAUUAUGGUUACAAUAUUGUGGUCCGAAUUCCAGCUGGUGCUACCAAUAUCGAUGUGCGGCAGCACAGUUUCUCAGGGAAAUCAGAGGAUGAUAACUACUUAGCUUUAUCAAGCAGUAAAGGUGAAUUCUUGCUAAAUGGAGACUUUGUUGUCACAAUGUCCAAAAGGGAAAUCCGGGUUGGGAAUGCCGUGAUAGAGUACAGUGGGUCCGACAAUGUUGUGGAAAGAAUCAACUCCACAGAUCGCAUUGAACAAGAACUUUUGCUUCAGGUGUUGUCCGUGGGAAAGUUAUACAACCCUGAUGUGCGCUAUUCUUUCAAUAUUCCAAUUGAAGACAAACCCCAGCAGUUUUACUGGAACAGUCAUGGACCCUGGCAAGCAUGCAGCAAACCCUGCCAAGGGGAGCGGAAACGAAAACCUGUUUGUACCAGGGAAUCUGAUCAGCUUACAGUUUCUGAUCAAAGAUGUGAUCGGCUGCCCCAGCCAGCACCCAUUACUGAACCCUGCGGCACAGACUGUGACCUGAGGUGGCACGUGGCCAGCAGGAGUGAAUGUAGUGCCCAGUGUGGCUUGGGUUACCGCACAUUAGACAUCUACUGUGCCAGAUACAGCAGGCUAGAUGGGAAGACCGAGAAGGUUGAUGACAGUUUUUGCAGCAGUCACCCCAAACCAAGCAACCGGGAAAAAUGCUCAGGAGAAUGUAACACGGGUGGCUGGCGCUAUUCUGCUUGGACUGAAUGUUCUAAAAGCUGUGAUGGUGGAACCCAGAGGAGAAGGGCUAUUUGUGUCAACACCCGUAAUGAUGUACUUGAUGAUAGCAAAUGCACACAUCAAGAGAAAGUCACCAUUCAGAAGUGCAACGAGUUCCCUUGUCCACAGUGGAAAUCAGGAGACUGGUCAGAGUGCUUGGUCACCUGCGGAAAAGGGCAUAAGCACCGCCAGGUCUGGUGUCAGUUUGGCGAAGAUCGAUUAAACGAUAGAAUCUGUGACUCUGAGACCAAGCCAGCCUCCAUGCAGACCUGUCAGCAGCCAGAAUGUGCAUCCUGGCAGGCAGGUCCCUGGGGACAGUGCAGUGUCACUUGUGGACAGGGAUACCAGCUAAGAGCAGUGAAAUGCAUCAUUGGGACAUACAUGUCAGUGGUGGAUGACAAUGACUGCAAUGCAGCAACUAGACCAACUGAUACCCAGGACUGUGAAUUACCAUCUUGUCACCCUCCCCCCGCUGCCCCGGAAGCAAGGAGAAGCACACACAGUGCUCCAAGGACCCAGUGGCGAUUUGGGUCUUGGACGCCAUGCUCAGCCACUUGUGGAAAAGGUACCCGGAUGAGAUAUGUCAGCUGUCGGGACGACGAUGGCUCUGUGGCUGACGAGAGUGCCUGUGCAACCCUCCCUAGACCAGUGGCAAAGGAGGAAUGUUCUGUGACCCCCUGUGGGCGGUGGAAGGCUCUGGACUGGAACCCGUGCUCCGUGACGUGUGGGCAAGGGAGGACCACCCGGCAAGUGGUCUGUGUCAACUACAGCGACCACGUGAUCGAUCAAAUCGAGUGUGACCUGGAUUAUAUCCCAGAAACCGACCAGGACUGUUCCAUGUCACCAUGCCCUCAGCGGACCCCAGACGGUGGCCUCGCUCAGCACCCUUUCCAAAACGAGGGUUAUCGCCCCAGGAGCGUCAGCCCUAGCCGCACCCACGUGCUCGGAGGAAACCAGUGGAGGACCGGCCCCUGGGGAGCAUGUUCCAGUACCUGUGCUGGUGGGUCCCAGCGGCGUGUUGUUGUGUGUCAGGAUGAAAAUGGAUACACCGCCAACGACUGCGUGGAAAGAAUCAAACCCGAUGAGCAGAGAUCCUGCGAAUCUGGCCCUUGCCCUCAGUGGGCUUAUGGCAGCUGGGGAGAGCCUUCCUUUUUCUUCUUCCAGUGUACUAAGCUGUGCGGUGGAGGCUUGCGGACAAGACUGGUGGUCUGUCAGCGGCCCAGCGGGGAACGGUUUCUAGAUCUGAGCUGUGAAAUUCUUGACAAGCCUCCAGAUCGAGAGCAAUGUAACACACAUGCUUGUCCUCAAGAUGCUGCAUGGAGUACUGGCCCUUGGAGUUCGUGUUCUGUCUCUUGUGGUCGAGGGCAUAAACAACGAAAUGUUUACUGCAUGGCAAAAGAUGGAAGUCAUUUAGAAAGUGAUUACUGUAAACACCUUGCUAAGCCAAAUGGGCACAGAAAGUGCCGAGGAGGAAGAUGCCCCAAGUGGAAGGCUGGCGCAUGGAGUCAGUGCUCUGUGUCCUGUGGCCAAGGCGUGCGGCGGAGAAAUGUGGGCUGUCAGCUGGGAACACACAAAAUAGCCGGAGAGACCGAGUGCAACCCAUACACUAGACCGGAGUCAGAGCGCGCCUGCCAAGCCCCGCUGUGUCCACUCUACGCUUGGAGGGCAGACGAAUGGCAAGAAUGCACCAAGACUUGUGGCAAAGGCUCCAGGUACCGCAAGGUGGUGUGUGUGGGUGAGGACAAAGGUGACGAGGUUCACGGCAUGCACUGUGACAUGAGCACACGGCCUGUGGAUCGCGAGAGCUGUGGCUUGCAACCCUGCGAGUAUGUCUGGAUCACAGGAGAAUGGUCAGAGUGCUCAGUGACCUGUGGAAAGGGCUACAAACAAAGGCUUGUCUCCUGUAGCGAGAUCUACACCGGGAAGGAGAAUUACGAGUACAGCUAUCAAACCACCAUCAACUGCCCGGGCGCACAGCCACCCAGCGUCCAGCCCUGCUACCUGCAGGAGUGCCCUGUCUCGGCCACCUGGAGAGUUGGCAACUGGGGGACCUGCUCCGUAUCCUGUGGCGUCGGAGUGAUGCACAGAUCUGUGCAGUGUCUCACCAAUGAGGACCAGCCCAGCCACUUAUGCCGUGAUGAGUUGAAGCCGGAAGAAAGAAAAACCUGCCACAAUAUCUAUAACUGCGAGUUGCCCCAGAACUGCAAGGAAGUGAAAAGGCUGAAAGGUGCCAGUGAAGAUGGGGAAUAUUUCCUGAUCGUCACGGGAAAGCUCCUGAAGGUCUUCUGUGCAGGGAUGCACUCUGACCGCCCCAAGGAGUACAUGACACUGGUCCACGGUGACUCUGAGAAUUUUUCUGAGGUUUACGGACACAGGUUGCACAACCCAACCGAAUGUCCCUACAACGGGAGCCGACGUGAUGACUGUCAGUGUCGGAAAGACUACACAGCGGCUGGGUUUUCCAGCUUCCAGAAGAUCAGAAUAGACCUGACCACCAUGCAGAUCAUCACCACUGACUUACAGUUUGCCAGGACACGCGAAGGACAUCCCGUCCCUUUUGCCACCGCCGGGGACUGCUACAGCGCCGCCAAGUGCCCUCAGGGUCGUUUUAGCAUCAACCUUUACGGAACCGGCCUGUCUCUAACUGAUUCUGCCAGAUGGAUCUCCCAAGGGAAUUAUGCCGUCUCUGACAUUAAGAAGUCGCCGGAUGGUACCCGAGUCAUAGGGAAAUGCGGUGGUUACUGUGGAAAAUGUGCUCCAUCCUCUGGCACUGGCCUGGAGGUUCGAGUUUUAUAGUUAAGGUGCUCUGAAGAGGAAGCCGUUAUGGGAUGGAUGAAGGAUAGUGAUGAAAUACCUCCACCUUAAAAUUUGGGUGUGUGUGUGUGUGAGCGUGUAUGUGUGUGAGGACUUGUAUGCCUGUGUGUGUGUGUGUACAUAUGCAUAUAUAUAUACAUAUAUACACACAUAUAUACACGUGUAUAUAUGUGUGUGUAUAUAAAUG